AUGGAUACCUCAGUUACAUUAUCGCCAACAUCAAUAAAUAUAAAUAAACAAAUGGAAAAUGAAUACAAUCUAGCUUUGAAAUUGUUUAAGAAUAAAAAUUUUGAAAAAUCAUUCAAUUUAAUUCAUUCAAUUUAUCAAAAAUCAUUCAUUGAAUUUUCAAAAUCAUUAAUUUCAGAAAACUUGUUAAUCAAAAUAAUAAAUUUAUAUCUUGUUGAGAUCGGAUUAGUUGUUAGAGAUAAAUUAUUAAACCAGAUUCUGUUGAAUGUGGCAUAUAAUGCAAUAAGUUCUAAUGAGAUUAAAAAUCACUUGAUUUCGACCUGGUCAAACAAUAUCCCAAAUGAAAUAUUAUACAAUUUUCAUUUAUUAUUGAUAACUAAUCCAGAAUUGAUACAUAAUAAAGAAGAAUAUUUGAAUGAGAUAAAACAAUUAAGUUAUAAUUUAACUGUAGAUAAAUAUUCUAGUCAAUUUUUAAAUUUGAUAAAAUUUGAAAUAUACCCAUAUUUUGACAAAUUUGAAGAAUCAAGGAUAUUAAUUGGUGAUAACCAAAAUGAAUUAAAUAAAAUAGAUAAAAUAGAGCAAUUUAAAAAGGAUACUUUGAUUGAAAAUGAACGAAAACGUAAAGAAUUCGAAAAAUUAAAACUUGAAAAGGAGAAACAAGCAAGAGAAUUGCAAACACAGCAUGAACUAGAGAAUACAUUGAAAUACAAAUCAAUAAAGGAAAUACAAAGAAGCUAUUCAAAUGAGAAAGCUGCUCGUCCUGCUGAACCACAACAAGAUCAAUUAAAACAAAAAUUAAUGUAUAUAUACUCAAUAUCAAAGGAGUACUUGAUGAAGAACUACUUAUUCCUUUUUGUUUUAAUUGCUUUGAUUAUAGUAUCAACAAGGUUCCUCAAAGGUGUUAAUGUUAGAGAGAAAUUGAUUGAAACUGUUAAAAUGGCCUUUAAAUUUAGUUAUAUUUAA